AGGGUUCUGUCAAUGCAGAAAGCGAGGUGAAGGGAGAAAGAGAAAGAGAGGGAGAAGUCGAUGAGAAGGAAAAAGAAGGCCAAGCUGUAGAAAACUCCAGUUUAUUCAUUCAUCUUCAUCUCUCAAAUCGGAUUGAUUAUCUUCUCCCUCUCGACCCACAAGACCGUACAAUCGGCGUAUACGGUUCCCCCUAUCUCUGUGCAUCUGCAAUUGUUACACACACACACACACACACACAGAUAUACCUCUCCCUCCCUCUCUCUCUCUCUCUCUCUCGAAUCAAUCUUGUAUGGUAUGCUUCCCAACUGAGUCAACACAGAAUGGGUUGUUGCGAAUCCUCCUUCCUUAGCGGGCAUGUGUCGGAUAAGGAUCAACGCGGCGGCCACCACAACCCCUCGAACGGAGCCGCCGAUGGCGACGCCGCGGGUGGCGUGCCGGCGUUCUCCGAGUUCUCGCUAGCCGACCUGAAGGCGGCCACCAACAACUUUUCCUCCGAUUUCAUCGUCUCGGAGGGCGGCGAGAAAGCCCCAAAUGUCGUGUACAAGGGCCGCCUGCAGAACCGGAGGUGGAUCGCCGUCAAGAAAUUCACCAAGAUGGCCUGGCCCGAUCCCAAGCAGUUCGCUGACGAAGCGUGGGGCGUUGGGAAGUUGAGGCAUAAGAAGCUCGCUAAUUUGAUUGGUUACUGCUGCGAUGCCGAUGAGAGGCUUCUCGUCGCCGAGUAUAUGCCCAAUAACACCUUGGCGAAACAUCUAUUCCACUGGGAGAACCAAACCAUUGAGUGGGCCAUGCGACUAAGAGUUGCUCUAUACAUUACUGAAGCAUUGGACUACUGUAGCACUGAAGGCCGGCCACUGUACCAUGACCUGAACGCAUAUAGAGUUCUCUUUGAUGAGAAUGGCGAUCCACGACUUUCAUGUUUUGGCUUGAUGAAAAACAGCAGAGAUGGUAAAAGUUAUAGCACGAAUCUUGCAUACACACCUCCUGAAUAUCUUAGAAAUGGAAGGGUCACUCCAGAAAGUGUUGUCUUCAGCUUUGGGACUGUUCUUUUGGAUCUUCUUAGUGGAAAGCACAUUCCUCCAAGUCACGCACUUGAUAUGAUACGGGGGAAAAACAUUCUUCUUUUGAUGGAUUCACAUUUGGAGGGAAACUUUUCCAGUGAAGAGGCUACUGCAGUAUUUGAUCUGGCUUCACAGUGUCUGCAGUAUGAACCUAGAGAGCGGCCAAAUAUCAAGGACCUUGUUACAACACUUGUCCCACUGCAAAAUAAAUCUGAAAUUCCAUCUUAUGUGAUGCUGGGAAUUCCAAAGCACGAGGAAACACCAUCUACGCCACAGCAUCCUCUCUCUCCAAUGGGCGAUGCCUGUUCACGGAUGGACCUCACAGCAAUUCAUCAAAUUUUGGUGAUGACACACUACAAAGAUGAUGAAGGAACCAAUGAGCUUUCUUUCCAAGAGUGGACACAGCAAAUGAGAGAUAUGCUAGAGGCAAGGAAGCGAGGAGACUUGGCAUUCCGGGACAAGGAUUUCAAGACUGCCAUAGAAUGUUAUUCUCAGUUUAUAGAUGUGGGAACCAUGGUUUCUCCAACUGUAUAUGCUCGGCGAAGUCUCUGUUAUCUCCUCUGCGACCAGCCAGAUGCAGCCCUCCGCGAUGCAAUGCAGGCACAAUGCGUCUAUCCGGACUGGUCCACAGCAUUUUAUAUGCAGGCAGUUGCUCUUGCAAAGCUUGACAUGCACAAGGAUGCAGCUGACAUGCUGAACGAGGCUGCUGCUCUAGAAGAGAAAAGGCGAGGUUCUAGAGGACCCUAGUAAACUUAAACCUCUGUAGUAUUCUUUAUAAGCCAAAAAAAAAAAAAAUAGCGUAUUGCAUUGGGUUCAUGUACAACUGUGGAUUCGGGCAUGCUGCUGUUGUUGUCAUCUAAUAGAUGUACCAUAUGAGGGAUAUAUAUAUAUAUAUAUAUGCAUGCAGUUGGUUUUUGGCACU